AUGUCUGAUGAUAACGGAUUCCAAUCAGAUCAGUCAUUUGCACAACACCUAUUGGAACAGUUGUCAGAGAAUAUCAGUCAGUUGAUACACUUGGUAGUGUUCCUUCAAGAACAGAAUGCUGAACUACCUGUCGAUCAAAUUUCUGAUGUAGCUAAUGCAGCUGCUGCCAUUGCUGACAUCUCUAUAUCAUUGGCAAACGAUGAGUAUUCAGACUAUCCAGAUAUAAAGAAUGAGAUAUUGGCUGCAUCAUCAAAGAUGGCAAUAACAAAGAAGCAUGCAUUGGAUUCAAUCAAUAGCUUCUCAAGACAGACAAACAGGAAGAAGGCUUGGGAGAAUCUAUCAGACAACUGUCGAUCAAUUGGAAAUGAGACGAUAAAGAUACUUCACGUCGUAUAUGGCGCGGAGCUAAAGAGAUUGAUCAUCCACUCUGAUCGAGCAAAGACUGCCGUGGAGUCGAUUAGGAUUGAACGCCUGGCUGAUGAUGCUCAGACAUUCGCUGAUGGCAUAUCAAACUCAGUGUCAGAGAUCUUUAAGUUUGCAUCAUAUCUCAAGCUGCGAGCGAAUGACGAGGAUGCGCCUUGGGUCAAGGGCGAGUAUAUAUCUCAAGCAGAUCAGCUUGUGGAGACUGGAAACAAGCUGAUCACCAUCACAAACGACCUGCUGGCAUACGAGGGCGACGGCAUCGACCCGGCCCAUCAGAACAACUUCAAGCAGACACUGGCUAGCCUGGCACAGAACAUCAACUCUAGCACACAACGCGUAAAGGAGAUGGCACAACAGAACCACAUGAAUCUUAUAUCAACGGUGGCUGCGUCUCCGUCCCAGACCUCGAACAACAACAAUGGUACACAGCGCCACUCUGCGACACACGAGCGCGACCUGAUGCUGGAGGAGCUGGUCAGGGCGACGUCCAAGUCAGUUACAGAGCUGUUGCGCGCGGCAUACAAGGGCGACGCAUCGUCUGUGUCUGUCGUCGCCAAGUCACUGGAGAAUAUCACCGACAUCCUCAUCAACAAGGUCAAGACAAUCAGACAGCCAAGCAGCGAGUUCAAUGCGAUGUGCACCAAGCUGAAAGCUACCGUAUCAAGGUACACGGCGCUGGCCGUGCAGGUGGUAGACAGUCCAGGCAACGCGCAGCUGAUCGCGCAGAUGGGCGAGCCAGUUGAGGAGAUCCAGGACAUCCUGCAGACGUUGCUGGGCCAGGUGUCAACGCGCGAUGCACAGUUGAUCAACAUCAUCCAGAGCAAGCAGGACUGUCUGACCAUCCUAAACGAGACAGAGGAGCCUGCCGUCAUCGUCAGCACGCUUAAACAUCUGUCCAAGAAUCACAAGAAGAUGGAGUCCAUGAUCACGAGAUCGGACCCCAUCGAGGUGAGUGCAGCCAUCCAACAGCUCUCCUCGCUGCUGCCCCAGCAGAUCCAGGUGGCCAAACAGUUCUUGCGCGAUCCAACCAGCGAUGACACACGAAAGCAGCUUCAAAACAUCAACACAGAGAUGAAGACGCCGCUGGCGCAUCUGGUGGCUUUGAUGGAGCCAACAUCGCGAAAUGAGGCCCACGAAGCCGCACUCAAGGAGCGCACAUCCUCCGCCAAGAUCAUCGAUGCAGCACUCAAGGGCAAUGCACGCGAGGUCGACGACAUGAUCAAUGAGCUCGAGCAGAUUGUCUCGAGUCUGGUCGCUUUGGCCACAGCUGAGGCGACAUAUGACAGCGCGAUCGGACAGGCAUUGGGCGAACUUACUGACCAGCUGAUCAAACAGUUGGCCAGUCGCAGAGCGAUCGUCGCCAAGCUCGUUGCCAAUCCAAGAAGCGAGCAGCUACAGCACGAGCUGGAUAAGAUCAACAACACAAUCAGCAUGCUCACUGUGGCAGUGUCCGAGUCGGUGUCGUCUGACUUGGGCGUUCUGCUGCACAAGCUCAAGGUGGCGGCCAGCGAGGGCCAGCUGACCAAGGUCGACGCAUUCAUCAGGGAGAUCACAAACAAAGCCAACAUUCCUGUGCACACUGUAAAUACGCAGGAGUCCAUCAAGUCUGACCCGACCAAGGCCAGGCUGUUCUCAUCUCUGGCCAGCGACCUGCUCGACUUUGUCGGCCUGCUCACCAGGGAGUGCAAGGCCACUCAGGCCAACCAGCGCAACGAUACUACGCGACUAGAGUACCUGGGCCAGGAGGUCCAGUCGCGCUACAACGACCUUCAGAAGCAUCUGCUUCAGUCUCAGGAGCAGCAACAGCCACACUCGAGUGGCAAGGGUCGCGAACCACAAGAGGGCACAUCGUUGCCCGAUGAAGAGCCCACUGAGAAGAAGAUACUACAGUUGUUCUCAGAGUUGUUGGAUCACAUCAGACGUAACGAGGCCGUCAAGUCAGUGUCAACUCUCAAGGCCAUGAUUGGCGAGCAGGACAAGCUGACGCAAAAGGCCAGUGACUUGAUGUCGCGCACCUUUAGCGCUCACUUUAGGGCACAGAUCGAGAGCAGCAUCACUUUGUUCAAGUCGACCAUCUCCCUGGCCAUCAACACAGCUGGCAAGCUGGCCAAGUCGACCACACCCAACGCCGGCGACGAGACUCUCAACAAGUGCAUCAGGACCGUGAAGAAGUCCAUCGUGGAGCUGGGUCAUCUACUCAAGUUCAAUGCGCACAUUGAGGUGAUCGCUGCCUACACAUUCCUGACGGGCCAGUCUGGCUCCACGCCCGAUGUCCAGCGCGCUCUCUACCACUUCAAGGAGUUUGCGCGCCAGCUCAACCGCUCACCCAAGAUUGGCGAGCUGGUGGAGCGCAUCAACGCUACGAUGCUCUCGCCCAAGUCACUUGACUCAAUGUUUGAGAUCUUCCUGUACUGCAACUCGUUCGUUCAGGAGAGCGCAGCGCAUCAGAUCAACGCCAAGUACCACAUCCUCACAUCGUUCGAGUCGGACAAGGACAUGCUCAUCAGCGAGUCGGUCAACAACAUUGUCUACCACCAGACGGACCUGCUGCGCCAGGCCACCGACUACCUCUCCACGCUCAACCCGGCCCGCCUCGAGGACACCACCAAGAGGAUUCUCUACGCCAGUCUCCAGACGGCGCAACAAUCACUGGCACAACAGGUGGAGUCUGCCAUCUCACUGCUCGACAAGAAGCCACGCGAUGUAUCCAGUCUGGACAAGUUGGUAACAGUAAUCGAUGUGAUCAGAGAGUCUGUGGAGAAUGCAGCAAGCGCAGCAUUCAACGCUCAUCAACAACAGGUCGACCAGGAUACGCUGAUAUCUCAGUCCAUUGGUGGAUUCAUUCCAACGAUAUCGUUGUCCACGUCCAAGCAUCUGUCCAACCCAUCCAACAACGAAUCCAAGAAGAAAUUGGACAAUGUGGUCGAGCAGAUCACCAUCCCCCUCGAGCAGUUGGAGCUGAGUCGCACCAGCAAGCGACCGGUCGACGCGGCCGAAGAGAAGAUCCCACCACUCGUCCAAGAGGAGGAGGCAUUGAUCAACAGACUAUUGGCCUAUGUGAUUGACUCGGAUAAACAGGGUAUUGUGGACGUGUCCAAAGCAUUGGUCAAGUGUCAUCAGGAGCUUGUAGGCCAAGCCGAGGCACUAGCCAGAGACGACGUCAAGGAGGCCGUAAAGGACACCGUUCAGGACCUCGUACAGCUGGUUCCACAACAGCUAUCGGCCAUCAAACAGGCUCUUCAGGUCACAGACAAUGACCCCAUCGACUCGCAGAUCCAUCAACGACCCAAUCACAUUGCCAAUCAGAUCAAGAGGAACAUCAACAAUCUUCAGGAGCUGUUGGUGCCAUCGUUCAGCUCAAAGAAGUUGGCCAACCGUCUAAAGUCUCAGACGUCAAGCCCAUUGCAACAGGGCGAGGCACUGAAGCAACAGGUAGUACAGCUACGUGCCACCGUUCAAUCGAUUGUGGACGAUGCCAAUCAGGAGCUGGGUUACACACUCGACCCUGAGCGCCAGCAGAGGAUUCGUGACGCGAUCCGCGACCUUGAGAACCGACUCAAGGGCAAGUCCAACCCCCAAUCACUCGAUGUCUCAACUACCGUGCUCCUGUCAUCACCAAAUGACUUCCCAUCGAUUACGCAAUACGACCAUGCCAAGCAGAACGUCAUGGAGUCCACCAACGGACUCAUUUCCGAGCUGUCUGGCACGUCACAACAGCUCCUGGCACAACUGCAACAAAGCAUCAACCUGUUGACGAUCGGUUCAGUUCGAGGCAACUUCAAUCAGUUGCGCGACUUGACCAAGUCCAUCCUGGUCGGACGUUCUGCGCUCAAGGCACAGCUGGAGAAAGACCUCGUGGCGAUACAGAGCGCUGAGAAGAAGGCCAUCAUUGCCCAUGCGCAGGGCGAGCUGGACGCUUUGCUGCCCCUGUUGAUCAGAGAGUCAAAGAACUAUAUAUUGAACAGCACCGAUCACAAGAAGAGAGAGGAGCUCGAGAUGCUGCAGACGAGACUGAAGGCACCCAUCGCAUCCAUCCUCUACGAGCUGAACAACACUCAAGGCAACAUGUUCCAUCAACUAGUUGCCAAUCAUCAGUCUACGCUCAUUUCGCUGGGCGAGGCAGUCAGGACUGGCAAGCGUGCCGAGUGCACCCCGCACCUAAAGGCGUUGGAAGAGAUGCACGCCAAGCUUGUUGUCAUGUUGGAGAAGGAUCAGGUGGCCCCAACCAAGGCCAUACUCAAAGAGCAAAUGGCUGAAGUAGAUCGCAUAUCCAGUGUCUACACCAAGGCAGUGGAGAACAACACUGUCUCACAAACGCUGGAGGUGGACAAGGACCUACUUUCAUUCAAUCUCAUGCUGACCGUGGCAAACAUGGUGCCCAACAAGAGUGUAGUAUCAAGCAAGCGUGCAACUGGCGGCACCGACGCCGAUCCAAACGAUCACAUCAACAACAUCCUUCGAUCACUCAAGUCCAACAAUGUGCUCAAUCUCUCCAAGAAUCCAGACAAGGUCGUCAAGUAUGUCUCAAUUCAGAGUGGUGGCGAGCCAUCACAUCUGGCUAGCAAGGCAUCUACCCAGACCACAUCGACUUCCAAGGCAAAGGGCAAGCAGCCACUGCAGCUUGAUGCCCCCAAGUCAUCGAGUAGCACACCACAGAACUUGGAAGACUCGCUGAUAAACACAGCCAAACAGAUUGGCGCAGACAUGGAGCAGAUGAAGAAGAUUGCCGUGGAGUUGGAGAACUAUGCCAAGUGCAUCAAGGCGAACGAGAGACAGAAGAUGAUCCAGAGUGGUCGCGCCAUUGCCACACUGCUCAACGAGCUGUCAACAGACAUCACAAAGAUUGCCAAAGAUUGCAAGGUGGCUCACCUGCAGACCAAGAUGUACCAGGGCACACAGACACUAAAGACUCUAGGCUGCCAGAUCAAGAUUCUCUCUGGUGUGAAGGCUGUGUCGCCAGUCGAUUCGCCCAAUCCCGACUCUGAUAAUCAGUUGGCAUCACUGGUGGCAUUGCUUGGAACAACGCUCAAAGACAUCAACACAUGUAUAAACACCCAUUCAUUGACGACAGCUGGCAGUGGCAACAAGUCAAGAUCAUUCAUCAAGUCAUGA